GCGUCGUCGUUCAGUCACGUGUUUCACGUCUACGCGAGUCGCUCUUGUCUCACAGUGGAGCUGUGGUGUUUGGAGUCUGCCCGGAAUAUAAGUGCUAUUUUCGUCGAGUACAGAGAAUGAGUGAUAACGACGACAUCGAAGUCGACAGUGAUGAAGAGUCGUCGAGAUUUCACCCAGUGGCAGACAAACGGGCACACCACAACGCACUGGAGCGCAAACGCAGGGACCACAUCAAAGACAGCUUUCACAGUUUACGUGACUCUGUGCCUUCUUUACAAGGAGAGAAGGUUGGAGGACGUUUCUCACACUUUGUCAAACAGGCAUCCCGAGCUCAGAUUUUAGACAAAGCCACAGAAUAUAUCCAGUAUAUGCGCCGCAAGAACCACACGCACCAACAGGACAUCGAUGACCUGAAGAAACAGAAUGCUUUGCUGGAGCAGCAGGGUAAGUUUCGUGCUCUAGAGAAGGCCAAGGGGAACACGCAGCUGCAGGCCAGCUACUCAUCAGACAGCAGCUUGUACACCAAUCCUAAAGGCAGUGCCGUGUCAGCCUUCGACGGUGGUUCCGAUUCCAGCUCCGAGUCCGAGCCUGAAGAGCCGCCUACCAGGAAGAAGUUGCGCGUGGAGCCCAGCUAGAUGCAUCCAUCCUGCCUAUCGGACUCUCUCCUCUAUCUUUGCCCCUUUCAUUCUCACCCUCACCCACAACCUGUUCCCUCCUCUCUUUUCUCCUGUGUGUUCAGCAACCUGGGGAGUGUCUUGAGAAAGGCUCAAAAAGUUUCAGCCUUUUAUCUCUCAACACCGAGGGCACUUUGCGCGUGGAUCAAGCAAAGCAUCAUUUUCCCUCCAAGGCGUGGCAGCUUGGCAGUUUUAAGACUGCAAUAUUUUUCAGCCUCCUCAAGUAGUCAAGCAGCAAGUAAUGUAAAGCGACAUACCAUUGUUUCCCAAAUAAGCUAGGAGAUAGAAAAUGGAAAAUAGGCGUUUCAUAAAAAGAAAGAAUAUUCUACAUUUAUAAUAUUUCUAAUUUUCCUUGAGAUAUACAAUGGUGCUUUUUAAAAGAACACAAGGGUAUGUUAGCUGUAUGAUCCUGGUGUGGAAGACUGGUGUUCUCCCCCUUUUUUUGACAAAUAUCUGUUGCUGAAUUUCUUUAUUUAAUGGAAUGUUGAGGCUGUAUUUUGUUAAUGUGUUGUUUUUUGCCUGAGAUUAUAAGUGGAAGUAGCUGGCCUCGACGUUUCCAUAGUCCCGACUUCAUAGUUUCUGAACUUGGAUUUUUAACCUGCUUCGCCAAAAGAGGACAACUUUUUAAUACAGGUAAACUUCCCUCCAGAAGUUGAAUGUUAACGCGUAGUUCAAAAGCAGUUUUUUUUAUUACAUGUAUGUUUGUUCCUUUCAGUAUGUAGUAUGUGGCACUGUAUACUCUUCAAUGUCAUUGUCUUGAUGGAAUAACUUUCCCCGUGAAACUUGCCUGCCUAUAGGGAAUGUUUUGGUUUCAUUUGAAAGAGUGUGUAUGAAAUAUUGUGCUUUUAUUCCAUUCCAUGGAAAUUACAGGUAUGUUGUACAUACUGCCAACAGUUGUCUUGCAAGUUGAGGCAUACCUUUACUAUGAGACUCCAAAUAAAACUAUUUUAUCUUCGACCUUA